AUGUCUUCCGAUUGUAAAACUUGUAGUGCCGCCGUCAAUGGGAUCGAGAAAGUAGCUUGCCGUGGCAACUGCGGCUCGGUUUUCCACCGUACCUGCAUUCCCGGAUUGUAUCGCUCCGUCCUGGAAACAUUGGCCAACUAUGAGCAGAAUCUGUUUUGGCUAUGUAAUGACUGCGCCUCUAGUUUCAACAAUUGGUUACAUAAACCUGUCGCAGCAUCUACUGCAGGCGAAAUCAAUAUGCUGAAAGAUGCAGUCAGUAAAUUGAACGAUGUCGUUACUAAUCUCUCGGGUCGCAUUGAAAAAUAUUUCCCGCACGGCCAUACUCCAGCUGCUGUCAGGGGACUUGCUAUUAGCCGACCUUAUGAAGAUCAACCAACUCCCAAGCGUCGCCGCGACGACGAUGUUCAAAUUCGUGCUACCACCACAGCAGUACGCGGCACUAGAACCAUUCAACGAGAGAUAAAAACUGUCAAUGACGAGCGUGAUCAAUUUUGGAUUUACCUCAGCCGCCUCGACCCGUGCCACUCAGUUGACGACAUCAUCGCAAUGACUCAAGAAUGCCUCGUUAUCACCAAUUCACCCAAAGUCAUUCUUCUAGUCAAAAAGGAUGCUAACCUUUCGAAAUUGAAUUUUGUUUCCUUCCGCGUUGAAGUUCCCAAUGAACUUAAGGAUUUAGCCCUUGAAGCUUCCACGUGGCCCACCGGAGUUUUAGUACGCAAAUUUGACUUCGAUCAAGGGAAAAGCAGUAGAUUUCGACAAUAG